UGAAAAGAAUUAUUUAGAAGAGUACAAAACGAAAAGCUGAAAUGUUUUCCAAAACCCAUCCAAAACAUUCUGGAAUUUAUCACAUCAAAGAGGGCCGAAUUGAUCAACUUCAAGUAAAGGUGCAUUUACGUUGCAUCAACACAUUGCUGAAAUUGCCGAAAUUUGAUGUUCACAAGAAUUUAUCUGUAGGUGAUUUAGGGAAGAAUUCUGGUGGUAAUAUUUCGGCAAACACCAUUGAUGAUGAAAAUGAGGCUGAUUGUAGAAUUAUAAGUCUUAAGUGGCAACAAAAGAUUUUCAGCAAAACUGAAACUGAGCUUUAUAAAGAUGCCAAGAAUUGCACAACUGAACAGCAGAAGAAGUACCAUCAAUUGUUAAAGGAUGAGGAAAGAGCCAUGGCAAUGAGGGAGAAAAAGUUGCAUAGAAAGAAGCGUCAAAAGAAAUUGGGAAAAGCGGCUACACCUCGAAAUCUGGAUGAGGCUGUGGAGAGCAGCAAUAUGAUAUUUACCUAUGUUCAAGAAGAUGAUUACCAACCCCAAGACGAUGAUAAGGCUUUGAAGGAACAACAACUUGGACAACAUUUUGAGGUUAUGUAUGUUUAUGCGGCACUCAAUCCCGAUACUCAACUAUUGGUCAUGAAAUGGUUUUAUGAACAACAUAUACUUUACAUCUACCCGGAUUUUAAUAACUUUCAGCUUGAGCCUAUUUACAUUGAAUUAGAUACAGACUAUCGCCACUUGUAUGCCUAUGGAGUAGAGGAUGUUUCAAAGAAAUCAUUAAUAUCAAAGAAGGAAGAUGAAUUUCUUUACUUACCCGAAUUCCCAUCCACACAUUGGCGUUAUGAAGAUGAACUAUCCAAAAUGUUUGCCAUGCCCCCCAAAAGAACACAGCGCUGUGCUGUUUUAUUAACCAUCGAGGAUCUCACUGAUCUUGAAUAUGACAAUGUCCAUGUGCGUUAUAAAAUCAAAUUACCCCCCAAUACAAUACUCGAAGAAGGCCUUUUGGAGGCUUCCACUCACUCGGUAUCACAAAAGAAUUCGAGAACUUCUUCCACACAUGUGGGUUAUGCAUGGCAAAUAACAGUGCUGUGUGAGGAACAAUAUGACCCUUCGCAAUGUCUAAAGGUCUAUUUUGAGAUUAUUUCCAUUGACGCGUGGUUGCGAGAACGCAGUGAAGGCUACUGCCAUUAUCAUGUUCGAUUAUUAAAGCCAAUGGAUCACAGCUUAAAAUUGCAAUGCAUACGUCCUGUGGAUUCAUUUUUGGAAUCUUUAAAUCGACAUUUUAUAGGUGGUCGUCGAAAGUUCAAUUAUAUUCGUUUUGUGGACGAUGACAAGGAAAAUCAGAAUAUCGAGGACAAAGUCCAUUGUCGUUAUGGGUUACGCAUGCGCAAUUCCGGUCAAAUGCAGCUAAGGUGCCAAGUGCUGACACAGCGUAAUUGUGAACUCUUGAAUCCAUGUGCAAGUCGCACCAGUGGCAUGACUUUGGAUGACAUAAUGAUGGCCUAUAAGGAGGCCCGAAGGAGAUUGGAGGCAAUUACUUUUAAGUAAGGGUUAUGGAGAAUCAAUUUUGUAUGCCAAAUGUAUUUUUAAAUCAAAUAUCGAAAAUAAAAGCAAUAAAUGUUGUU